CUCUCUGUCUCGGCCCACGACGCUCCUCCCUCACCUACACACACGCUCCCUCCUCUCUUCACCUCACCGGUACUGCCAAGGGAGAACAGCACUGCGCUACUCCGACGUCCUGUCAGACUCUUGCCGCCUGCCUACCUCAGUCCCUCGCGUGGGUACUGCUUGCCUCGUUGCUCCGCCUCUCCAGGCCCGAUUACUCUUAUUCCUCAGAGCAAAGCGGAAAGGUCCGAAAAGACAGCGACACCGAGCAAUAGCGCUUCUAUAGCUACCUGUCACAUCACACCUGUCAGCUAACAUCUGACAAGCAAAAACACCCUUCAGGACUAGUUGCUCCCCUCCUUUUGCUCCGGCAAUCUACUCCUCAACUUCAUCUUGCUUUGACGCAGAACCCGAGACUGGACUCUUCGCCCCUCUUGCGAAGCCCUUUUCCCUCUUGCCACAUUUCUGUCAAAUAGUACCGACUCCCUAUUCCGACCAUUCCCUUUAGCUCACAAUGGCUCGCGAUAGACUCGCCGCUAUGAGGGCCCAGCAGGCUGGCGGAGGUGGAGCUAGUGGAUACGGUGGAUACGGAGGUCAGGGCAACAAUGGCUAUGGAGACCAUGCCUACCCUUCCCAGCAGCAGGCUGCCGGUGGGUACAACCCAGGCAACUUUGCCGAGCAGCAGCAAACCCAGCCAGGAGGCUAUGGUCAGCCUGCUCAGCAAGGCUACGGUCAGCCCCAACAGCAGCAGCAGCCACAGCAGGCCUUCCCUCAGCCACACCAAGGCUACGGUCAGCAGGAGCAGUACAAUCAGGGUUCUUACGGACAGCCAACCGGUGGUCAGGAAGGAUAUGGUCAACCCCAGCAGCAGCAGUAUCCUCAGCAGGGCGGCUACGGUGGUGGUGGUGCGGCGUAUGGUGCCCCUGCCAAUGGUGGAGCUGAGGCGUACGAGAUGACGCAGAAGCCAGCUGGACCUGGUGACAUGAAUGCGUUCUUUGGAGAGAUUUCUCAGAUCCAGGAUAUGAUCCGUCAGAUCGAGGACAAUGUCAAGCGCAUUGCCGAUUUGCACAACCGCUCUCUGAACAGCAUUGACGAAGCUGCAUCUCAACAGGCUCACGCAAACCUGGGCGCUAUUUCGCAAGAGACCUCCCGCCUGACAAACACGGUCAAGAUGCGCAUUAAGCUCCUCGAGGCUCAGACCACAAAGGUGCCCAAUGGCGGAGACAAGAAUGUGAGAAAGACCCAGGUGGGCUCAUUGAAGAACCAAUUCAAGGGUGUGAUUCAAAAUUACCAGGAAGUGGAGCAGGUGUAUCGGCAAAAGUACCGUCAGAAGCAGGAGCGUCAGUUCCGGAUUGUCAAGCCAGACGCCAGCGCUCAGGAGGUCAAGGCUGCACUGGACGAGGACAAUGGAGGUCAAAUUUUCUCCCAGGCUCUCCUCAAUUCGAAUCGACAUGGUGAGGCUCGUGGUGCACUUCGAGAGGUGCAAGAGCGACACGAAGACAUCAAGCGGAUUGAGAGGACCAUUGUGGAGCUUGCGCAGCUCUUCCAAGAAAUGGACAUCCUCAUCACCGAGCAGGACGAUCAGGUCAAUGCCAUUGAGUCUACCGCCGUCAAUGUGGAGCAGGACAUGUCUGCCGGUCUGCAAGCGACGAACAAGGCAGUAGUGUCUGCCCGGGCAGCCAGGAAGAAGAGGAAGAUCUGCUUCAUCAUCUUUGUCAUCCUCAUCCUGGUCAUUGCCGCCGUCGUCGCUGCCGUUGUCUGCACCCAGGGCAACAACUGUGGAAGAGGAGGAUCAUCGGCUGCUAGGAGAAGUCUGAUGGAGGCGAGAGAUCUGCUGCCCAUCCCUUCGGGCGAGAUGUUGCAGCAGUGGCGACGAGCAGAUAUGGAUCGGGCGUUUGGCGUGCGGUACUAAAGAGGGUCUGCGGCGUUGGCUGGUCCCUGGAUAUCGGAAGGACCUUUAGCUGUUGGCUGCCGUGCAGAAGCGGCAGUACCUGCAGAACUUCAACUGCUCACGGGAGACGUGUCGAGUCGACGUGUCUUCCAUUGUUCCACUCUCUCUUGGUCUCUUUUCUUGGGGGUCGCCUCUUUUCGCUCGGUCCCCUACCACCACACUCGCUCCUUUUACACCUUGAUUCCUCUAUCAGAAUCGAAUCUAUUCCCACCUUCAAGGCUUGCAGUGGCCAUCUCAGAGAAGAUCGCUGCCCGCACUCCCUCCCUUACUCCAGUGUGUGAUGCUGCAUAGCUAUGAGGGCUGUAAG